AUGGUGAGAUUAUCUGCGCCGGUGCUGGCGGCGCUAGGCCUGUUCGCCAACAAGGCGUUCGGUGCGCUGGAGGUAAACCUCGACGAUCCAGAAUCCAUCAAGAAGGCUGCCGCCCAGGUCGCCGAAGACCUUCUCACUUUCUAUCAUGGCGACGAGCCGGGUUGGGUUCCUGGUAUCUUACCUGGACCUCCUCCCGACGGCGAUUACUACUGGUGGCAAGGCGGUGCGAUGUGGGGUACGCUGCUGGACUAUCGACAUAACACAGGCGACACGCAGUACGACGACAUGAUAACGACGGCUAUGUUGCACCAGGCCGGCGACGACCGGGAUUACUUGCCAAGUAAUUGGUCGGCGUCCAUGGGCAACGACGAUCAAGCUUUCUGGGCCUUGUCGGCUAUGCUGGCUACCGAGAUAGGAUACACAGAUCCUCCGGAGGAUCAGCCGCAGUGGGCAGCGCUGGCGCAGGCCGUGUUCCACGAGCAGACGAGCGAGGACCGGAGAGUUCCUAGCGGACGAUGCAAAUGGGGUCUCCGAUGGCAGGUCUACUCGACCAACAACGGAUACGACUACAUCAACACUAUCGCCAACGCUUGUUACUUCAACAUCGGUUCCCGAUUGGCGCGUUAUUUCCACAACGAGACCUACGCCGAGCUCGCGACGAAGACCUGGGAUCUGAUAGAUCGAUUGGGCUACAUCUCGGAUAAGUGGGAUGUUUACGACGGCGCCCAUCUGCCCGAUUGUACCGAUCUUAACAAGGCCCAGUUCUCGUAUAACGCUGCCAUGUUGUUGCAGGGAGCCGCUUUCAUGUAUAACUACACCGACGGCGCGCAAAUCUGGAAGGACCGCGUUGAUAAUCUUGUAGACCGCAUGAUCGAGAUUUUCUUCCCCGCCCCCGCCCGCAUCGCGUUUGAGCCCUCCUGCGAAUAUCAACAGUGUAACAGCGAUAUGGAGUCUUUCAAGGGAUUUACUCACCGAUGGAUGGGCACGACCAUGCAGGUGGCACCUCACACUAAGGAGAAGAUCCUGCCGGUUCUCAAGCAGUCUACGGCCGGUGCUGUGAAGCAGUGUACCGGUGGUAAUAACGGUCGAUUCUGCGGUUUCCACUGGACUUCCGGUGUUUGGGACGGCGACACCGGCGCCAGUCAACAGAUGAACGUCUUGGGUGCCUUAGUCAGUCUUCUGGCCCCCGACGUCCCGGCGCCUCUCACCAAGGAUAACGGUGGUACGUCUAAGGGUAACGUGAACGCGGGUUCUAACGAGGCAAAGUUGCCUACAUUCGCACCCAUCACCAGCGGCGACAAGGUGGGCGCAGGUAUUGUCACGGCUCUCAUCAUCGCAGGCUCACUUUCGGCCUUCGCAUGGAUGAGCCUGGACUAA